AGGCAGAUUUAAUGUACAAGGUCGAAAAACACCAUCUGUCUCCUGGCUUCUGCAUUAAGGAACAAAGUAGAAAACCACAAACUCCGACAGGCAUUACUUGCACUGCAGGAUCAAGAAACCCAAACAUGUUUCAAAAUAAGGAAGUGACGUUAUUAUCACUGUGCCCGCCUGCAGAAACGUGCCUCGUAUUUUUUUUCUAGUGAGAAGGAACCGCGCCUGCUGCAGAUAUAGUAACCGGGUCUUUCUGGGGUUAAAAAAAAAAAAAAAAAAAACAAAAAAAACAAAACACACACAUAGCUUGCUCCUUGUGCCCAACCAAGGCACUGCAUUUAGAGCCAUGUCGGCCUUGGUCUUGUUCUUUCCAAGCAGACUGGGAACUAAGGAGAGUUUACAGAAAGCACUGCUCGUUUGUAAAGCUUUGCACAGCGGCACAAGCAUCGGGAAUUGCGGCAGCCGAUCUUUGUCAUGGCCGAAAAGAACUCGAUUGUGGCGCCGGGGGUUCGGUGCGCUUGCAGCGACAGGGAGAGUAGCACAGAUCCCGGCGACUUGUCACGGUCCCCAGCACAGAACUGCUCCCCUGUGCACCAGUUCACACAGCGGUCGGGAUAUGACUAGUUCGCUCUGGGCGCUUUACAAUGAGACCAAAAAACAGACAGAAGAUGUAGUAUCGUCUGUUACAUGCAAUUUGCUGAAUCCAGAUGCCAUCUUUGCAAAUAAUGAAAUGAGCCUUGAAGAUACAGAGAUCUACGGCUUUGACUAUGACUACACUUUGGCUUUCUACUCCAACCACCUCCACACCUUGAUAUUCAACAUAGCACGAGACAUUCUUAUUGAAGAGCACAGGUACCCAGAAGGCCUUAGAGCUUAUGAGUAUAUUCCUGAUUUUGCAAUCCGGGGACUUCAUUAUGAUGUACAAAAGGCUUUACUGAUGAAGAUUGAUGCCUUUCAUUACAUUCAGUUGGGAACUGUAUAUAGGGGGCUGCACCCAGUUUCAGAUAAAGAAGUCAUUGCUAUGUAUGAAGGCUCACAUGUACCCUUGGAACAAAUGAGUGACUUUUAUGGCAAGAGUUCCCAUGGACACACAAUGAAACAGUUCAUGGAUAUCUUCUCCUUGCCAGAAAUGACCUUGCUGUCCUGUGUCAACGAUUACUUCAUGAAACACAACAUUGACUACGAACCUGUUCACCUCUACAAAGAUGUCAAGGAGGCCAUUGGGGACGUCCACGUGAAGGGAAUAAUGUACCGAGCUGUGGAAGCAGAUAUUGAAAAGUAUAUCUGCUAUGGUGAGCAGACCCAUGCUGUGCUGAGGAAGCUAGCAGAAAACAAGAAGAAGAUGUUUCUCAUUACGAACAGCCCCUUUGAUUUUGUGGACCGAGGGAUGAACUACAUUGUAGGAAAGGACUGGAGAGACCUUUUUGAUGUUGUCAUAGUGCAGGCGGACAAGCCUGGUUUUUUCAACGACAAGCGCAAACCGUUUCGAAGAGUAAAUCACAAAGGGAUGCUGUUGUGGGACAGGAUUCAUCGAUUAGAAAAAGGACAGAUUUACAAGCAGGGCAAUCUGUAUGAAUUCCUGAGGCUGACAGGCUGGAGAGGUUCCAAAGUGCUUUAUUUCGGAGAUCACAUCUACAGUGAUCUAGCAGACCUGACUCUGAAGCAUGGCUGGCGGACUGGUGCCAUUAUUCCCGAGCUCAGGUCAGAGAUCAAGAUCAUGAACACAAAGGAGUACGUACACCUCAUGACCUGGCUGCAGGGACUCACUGGGCUCCUGGAGCGUAUGCAGGUGCACAGAGACGCAGAAUCCCAAAUGGUUUUGAAGCAAUGGAUCCAGGAAAGAGAAGUCAUGAGAUUGAGGACGAAGAAUAUCUUUAACAGUCAGUUUGGGAGCCUCUUUAGGACGUACCACAACCCCACCUACUUCUCUCGCCGCCUCUCCAGAUUUGCCGAUAUAUACAUGGCAUCUCUCAGCUGCCUGCUCAACUAUGACCUGCACCACACCUUCUUCCCCCGGCGCAACCCCUUGCAGCACGAGGCUUCGGUCUGGUCCGACCAGGUGUGUGCCGGGACGUCUAAAACCCCUUUCCUUACCGAAAUGGCUCAGAUCAAAUAAACAAUUUAAGUGACCUAGGAAGUGGCUUCAGUGGUUUUACUGGAACCAUUUAAAAGGAGAUUCUAUAAAUAGAUUUCAAGGGAAGCCCAGGUAAACCUGUCUUUUAGGCACUUAAAAAGUAAGUAAAUGAUUUAAGGUUUUAAGUCAAUUAAAAACAGAAAUGAGCUUUAAUUGAUUAGUUGGUUUAGUGUUACAGAACACCCUGCAGUGUUUACAAUAAACACAUUGCUUUACCCUUGCAGUAUCCCAUUUUGUCUAAUCACAGCAUUUAUUUAUUUAUUUAUUUAUUUUACUUAUUCCCUAGUAAAUCAACUAGGAAAUUUAAGAUUAAAUUUACUCAGGAAUGUUUAUCAGGAGAAAGAGAAUUAGUCUUGCAAACACUGGCAUAUGCUCCUUUCUGCAAUAAUGCUGGUGCUCUGAUGGAAAUGAGUGGCAUAUUUGUGGGAACAGGAAACCAGCAUUGUUGCAGGAGGGAGUGUGAUCUGGAUACACUGCGAUCCUUAGAGAUCUUUUUUUCUCCUGGUGAAUGCUACUGAGUAAAUGUUGAGAAAUGUAUUGCCCACUUGAUUUUUAACCCUGGUGUGUGAUUACAAAUUUCAAGAGUCAGCAAUAUGUUUAAAAAUAUAACGAUGCAGAAUGGACAACACGGGACACAGCAAAGGUAACAAUGUUUC